AUAUUAUCACUUUUUAAUAAAAUUUUGUAAUUUGGCUCUUUUGUGUUACCCUCCACAUAUAUAAUUAUGAUUCCAUCUGCUGAUUCCCUCUUAUAAUUUAUGUUUUUGUGUUAAAUAUAUUUAUGUGUUUAUUUUAAUUUAUUAUGUAAAAUUAUUGAUAUGUAAAUAAGUGAGUUUUGUCAUCGCCAUAAAAGCCAUAUUUAUGAGUUCUAGCAAAACUCAAAGAAGGAGAUUAUCUCCCAGAUUAAUUGGCAAAAAACAGCCAAACUAUAGUGACCUUUCAACAUCUGUGUCUUUAAAUACUUGCGAGUCCUCCACAUCAACCUGUGACUCAAUAAAUUCUAAGAGGAAUCUUCCACAAUCUAAUAAAAGACUUAAUUACAGUAUUAAAAAUGAUGACUAUUUAAACAGUGACACGGAAUCAGACGAUAUUCCACCAUCAACAGAAAAUGUAGUAAAAGACCCUAACAUAUGUAGACGCUGUGAUCAACUUACAGCUGAACUGACACAACUCAGGAUCCAGUCAUUUGACAAGUGGGUAUCCGAGAUAAAAUCACUCCAGGAUAUGUUAAUAAUGAAGGAAUCAAUAAUAGAGGAUUUUAACAGUAAGUGGUCUGGCAAGGAAAGAGAUUUAAGGAGGUUAAAAGCUGACCUAACAAAUGCUCAGAAAACCAUUUCUCAGCUCCAGAAUGACAUAAAUUACCUCAAAAGCGAUAACGAUUUCAAAAAUACCAGAAUUGAAGAGCUGGAAUAUAUGAUCGAGGGUAAAAAUGAUAAGAUAAGUCAGCAGAAGAAGAUUAUUGAGAAAAUGGAGAAAAUGGCACGCGAAGAUAGUAAAAUAAUAAAGAGGCUGAGGGUGUAACAACUAACGACACAUAACUUCAUACACUGUAAAUUAAUGUUUUUAUAAAUUCU